ACGAGGAGCAGAUGCAAGGUCUUAAAGGCCUACGCGACUUCCUUCGAGUGAGAACAAGCUACGACGUGCUGCCGUUAUCGUUUCGUCUCAUCAUUCUCGACAACGACCUCUUAAUUCGCAAGAGUCUGAACAUAUUCAUUCAGAAUGGAAUCGUAUCUGCUCCCCUCUGGGACUCGCAUAAUUCUCGAUUCGCCGGCCUGCUCACCAGUACCGACUACAUAAAUGUGAUUCAGUACUACUGCCAGUUCCCUAACGAGAUCGAUAAUGUCGAGAAGUUCCGACUGAGUAGUCUGCGAGACAUUGAGAAGGCAAUAGGCGUGCUGCCUCUAGAAACAGUAUCCGUCCACCCUUCUCGCCCGCUGUACGAAGCAUGUAGUCGUAUGCUGCGAAGCCGGGCGCGACGCAUACCGCUAGUUGACAUUGACGACGAGACUGGACGAGAGACAGUCGUGAGUGUCAUCACUCAGUACCGCAUCCUCAAGUUUAUUGCCGUCAACACGGAGCAACAUACGUCCCUCUUGAAACAGACGAUUCGGGAGAUUGGUUUGGGAUCCUACAGGAACUUGGCGACCUGUCGCAUGACCGACUCGGUGCUUGAGGUGGUCAAUCUCAUGGUCGUCCAUAACAUUUCCAGUGUACCCGUUGUUGAUAAGAACAAUGUGGUACUCAACCUUUUUGAGGCUGUGGAUGUUAUUCCCUGCAUCAAGGGUGGUGCAUAUGACGAGCUCAAGUCGACUGUGGGCGAGGCUUUGGCUAAGAGACCAGAGGAUUUCCCCGGUAUCUACACAUGCCAAGAGGACGACAGAUUGGACUCGAUCUUCCAGACCGUUCGUCAAUCUCGUGUGCACAGGAUAGUCGUCAUCGACGAUAAGUGGCACCUGAGAGGCAUCAUCUCCCUUUCGGACAUUCUGAAAUAUGUCCUUUUCCACGGCGACGAAGGGGAACAAUACUUCCCCCCGUCGUGAGGUUUGGACGCCACGAUGAUAAUGCUUACGAGGGUUUGAGAAUAGAACACCAGUUGGCAUGGCAGGGCGUACGGCGUUCUUUAGGGAGACAGGGAAAUACCAUGCUGGUUGCAAAUGGAUCUGCGCGCAGCUUAUAGAGCUCUUCUUCCCUACUCGACGAUUUUAAUGGCAUUUUCGACUGGGAGGAACCAGAGAAUUCUAUGAGGAACUUAUACGAGGCAAAUGUAUGUUGGUUGAAGUGCCUCGGUCGGAUCACGAAAAGGAUGACGUUUUGUCGGUGCAAUAUAACAACUUGCCUUACAAAUUUCUGGUCUCAUUGCUCCUUUGUGUCGCCGGUUCUUCUUACCCCUU